CCCCUCGUUUCGUGGGACCAGCCAAUCGGGUCCUGACGUCAGCAUAGAUGCGAUGCUUGGACUUUAUUACUAAAAUACUCUCAAUCCUUAGUCGGCCCGGUUCAUUUCACGCAGGACACUCGGGCAGCCGGUGAGAAGCUCGGCUAGCCAAGACAAAACGGCUAAUAUCAGCCCCGUUUGCUACGGAAUAUGGGCGGGAGAAGUGCGCUAGGAAAGAGCACCCCACUCGGCGUUUUUCAGCCACCAAUCUGAUUCAAUGCGGAUAAUUGGUAGGUGUUGUAGGUAACUAGAGCAAAUAUCCCGUAGUUGACGUUGUUCCUGCAUAGAUGGAAGACAACCACGAGAGUUGAACGAUCUGCCCCUGUAAGGCAGAUCGAUGGUAGUGGAGAAAGAAUGUGGUCAAUUCAAUGCGUUGCAGAUCCCGAUGGAAACUGUGCUGUAGACAAGGCUGAGGCCAUUGUUAUUUACCCGAGCAGACGUCAUGCCGAGUUUUUAUAUUGAUUCCCCGUGGUGGUCUCGGUGUGUUCGGUACCGAAAGGGCCUCAUUUAAUUUUCCGGAGACCCCGCGAAACAGACCAUGUGCCCCGCCGCCGUCGCUUUAUCUUUUCUGACCUUCGCUCCUGCCUCCUGCCUCCCCUCUUUUCUUCUUUUCUUCUUGUAGCUUGUCUCUCCCCCAUCGCACAGCAUACGCGCACUGUUCGCAAUCAACCAUGGUCGAAAACGUCCUUGAUGAUAUCUCCCAUCGGAGGUAUAACCCACUCCGCGGUUCUUCUAUCUUAGUGUCCCCUCACAGAACUAAGCGUCCUUGGCAAGGAGCUCAAGAAAGUCCUUCCAAGACAACUCUGCCCACCUAUGACCCUGCUUGCUAUCUGUGCCCAGGCAACAAGCGUGCGCAAGGAGAUGCGAACCCCAAGUACGAAAAGACUUUCGUUUUCGUGAACGACUACAGCGCUGUCAAGGAGGAGCAAGCACCAUAUAGCCCGGACAAUGCAGACGAUCUGGAAUCUUUCUUCCUGAAGGCAGAGCCUGUCACUGGCAAAUGCUACGUGCUCACCUUCUCCGCGGCCCACAACCUCACCUUGGCAGAUCUGUCUCCAGCCGAGAUUGCUCCCGUCAUUGACGCCUGGACUGAGAUCUACAGUGCACAUCUGUCACCCAAGUCACCGCUGGCUGCUCUUGCCCCUGCGACCACCCUCCCUCCCAACUCCCCCACCGCUGAUCUGGCCAAACCCAAGGAGCAAUAUCGGUAUAUGCAGAUUUUCGAGAAUAAGGGCGCGGCCAUGGGGUGCUCGAACCCUCACCCCCAUGGACAAGUCUGGACCACCAGCUCGCUACCCGAAGAGCCAGCGAUGGAGCUGGAACAACUUAAGAAAUACCGCAAGGAGCACGGAGGCAAACACAUGUUGGAAGAUUAUGCGGCUCUCGAAAGCCAGAAGAAGGAGCGUGUGGUGUUCGAGAACGACGCAUUCCUGGUCGUCUGCCCCUGGUGGGGAGUUUGGCCAUUCGAGACAAUGAUUGUUAGCAAACAACACAAGCGUGCGCUCGUUGACCUAAACGCCAACGAGAAGGCACAGUUGGCCGAAGCCAUCGCGGAGGUCACUAGACGCUACGAUAAUUUGUUCGAGACGCACUUCCCAUACAGCAUGGGUAUCCACCAGGCACCACUCGAUGGGACUGAAGAGGAGAUUGAGUCUUCGUAUCUGCACUUGCACUUCUAUCCUCCUUUGUUGCGCAGCGCAACUGUGCGGAAGUUUUUGGUUGGUUAUGAAAUGAUGGGCGAGCCUCAGCGAGACAUCACCCCUGAGCAAGCGGCGGCAAGAUUAAGGAAUUGUGGUGGAGAGCUGUAUAGGAAGAAGUUGGACGGGUAAGAUAUCACAAACAGAGUAGAGUAGAAUGAUCUCGUAUUCUGAAUGAGUCACGGUACAUAGAAAGAACUUUUGUUAGCCAUGGGUAUCUAGUUAAUUUUUUUUA